UAGGGUUAGCUGAAGUUCUGGCAAAGAAUGGUUGAGAAUGCUGGACCUAAAUACCGACAGCUUGAUUACCAGCAGGUGUGGAAAAUUCACAGGAACGAGGUGGCUCCUCCCAGAGUUGGCACUGCUGGCUCUAUGGAAAAACACAGGCACUGGACCAUGACAACAGGUCUUUGUUAUAUCGUACUUGUUUUCCAUGGAAGUAACACAAUGAACUGGAUAAUUAGUGCUACAAUAUUCUUGUCAGUGUUAAAUGCUGCACUUUCUUUCAAUAUCGAUCCUGUGGCUUGGAAGACCCUGAGUAGCUCUGCUGCCGGUUUUGGCUACCAGGUGAUUCAAAGACAAUCAGAUUUGCUCGUCAGUGCCCCACUUGAACAGGGGAAUGGGGGAAUAUAUAGGUGCACCACUUCUCCUACAAAUUGCCAAAUUAUCAAACUAGAUGCCCCAGAUUUGACAGUUAAUGUGGCCCUUGGUUUGACAAUGAAAAGUGAUCCUACUGCAGAAAACACUGUGGUGUGUUGUCCAUCCAUCCCAAAGCACUGCAAAAGUAUCACCAUGUACAAUGGUGUGUGCUUUCAGAUAGACACCUCUAAUAGAUUUGGACCACCAAUACCAUCUUCUCUUGAAGAGUGUGAAACACAAGUCGACCUUGCCUUUCUAUUGGAUGGUUCAGGCAGCGUAUCUAGUCCUGAUUUUCGAACAAUGAAGAAGUUUGUGAGAGAUCUAAUUGAAUCAUUUCUCUCAAGUGACACACAGUUUUCUGUUUCCCAGUUCUCCAGUGCCCCACAGGUUCAUUUUAACCUCCAAAAAUUUAACUUACCUGAAAUGGAGGAUAAAAUCAAUAGAAUUAAGCAACAUAGCGGAAGAACUUACACGGCUAAGGCCAUCAAAGAAGUUGUGGAAAAAGUUUUCAGCCCACAGAAAGGCUCCAGACCAAAUGUGAAGAAGGUCUUGAUUGUAAUUACUGAUGGAGCAUCUAAUGACCGUGAGAACCUGGAAGGUGCAGUAGAGCAAGCAGAAAAUAAAACGAUUGUUCGAUUUGUUAUUGGGGUCGGGGAUGCAUUUGAUAAAACUGAAGCAAAACAAGAACUGCACACCAUUGCAUCGUCUCCCUCAGAAAAACAUGUGUUUGAAGUGAAGAACUUCAACGCACUUGAAGAAAUAAGACAGAAUCUACAAGACAAAAUUUUUCCCAUUGAAGAAAGCAGUGGAGAGUCACUGAAAAUGGAAAUGUCUCAAGAGGGAUUUAGUACAGUUUAUGUGCCUGAGGGAAUUCAGAUGUCUAUUGUUGGUGCAAACCAGUGGAGGGGAGGCUACGUGCAAUAUACAACAGGAGGGGAGAAGCUGAAAACAUAUGAGGAUGUGUCUUUGGAGCCCGACAGUUAUCUUGGUUACUCCAUGGCAAUUACUAAAACCCAAAGUGGUUCACUGACAGUUCUUGGUGCUCCAAGAUAUAAACACAGAGGAGUUGUGGUCGCUGUUAACAGAGAAAACUUUAAAAACCAGAUGAUUGAGCCCUUGGCAUCACAGUAUCAGACUGGUGAAUAUUUCGGGGCAGAGGUGUGUACCGUGGACAUAAAUAAUGAUGACAUCACUGAUCUAAUCUUCAUAUCAGCCCCAUUGUACAUGGAGCCUGAUAGAGAGGGAAGAGUUUAUGUUUGCACAUUAACUGGUUUGUUUGUGGAGUGUAAUUUUGAUGAUCCAUUAGUACUAAGAGGACAUGCAGCUGUCAAAGGAAGGUUCGGCUCUUCUCUUGCUGUACUGCCUGAUCUAAACUCAGAUGGAUUCAGGGAUUUGGCAAUUGGAGCACCUUUGGAGAAUAAUGGUGAAGGCAGCAUCUACAUAUUUAAUGGUGAAGGAGGAGGAAGAAUCAGUCCUACUUACUCACAGAGAAUUAUUGGCUCUGAGGUCCAGUCAGAACUGAAGUUCUUUGGCCUCACAAUCAGCCAGUCAUCUUUUGACCAGAGUGGUGAUGGACUGCCUGACUUAGCGGUGGGUUCAAAGGGUAAAGUUGUUUUAUUGAGAUCAAGGCCCAUAGUGAUCGUGAAAACUGACGUUUCAUUCAGCCCAAAGCAAAUCCUUACUCAGAAUGCAGACUGCUCAAAACCACUCGAGAACACAGCUGAACUCUGCUUUACCAUGAGCAGAGUGUCUACAGUCAACACAGCUCAAGCAAGGAUUCAUUAUACUUUAACAUUGGAUGCCACUCGGAAACCUCCAAACAACCGAGCAUACAUCAGUGGGAAACAACAAGAGCAGUCUGGAUCAGUUACUAUAGACUUAAGAAACAGACAGUGUUCAACUGUAAAAUUCUAUAUUAAGGCCUGUCCUGAAGAUUCUCUCAAUGUGCUUUCCAAUGAGCUCAAAUUCACGUUUGAUGGUUUGUCUUCCAACACAGAUCCCAAACCAAGUCUGUCCCCACAGGCUAAAACAACAACCAUUUAUCCUUUAGGGUUUGAGAUCAACUGUGGCAAUGACAACAAAUGUGUUGAUAAUCUGAAAGUGGAUUUCAACUUCACCAGAUCCUCAGAGGUUAAAGUGGGCAUUGAUGAGCUUUUGAAUGUCACAGUCACAGUGGAGAACAGAGGUGGAAACUCCUACAACAGUUGUGUUAUUCUCACGUACCCAGCUGGACUCUCCUACAGGAAGUUCACCAUUCAGCAGGGACGAAUUGAGUGCAACUCCAUGGAUAGUGAAGAUGGUUUAUCACGAGGAAGGACAGACUGCACUAUUGACAAGCCAAUUUUCAAGAGCAAAACUAAGGCUUCCUUCAUUGUCUCCUAUGGGAUUGACACCAACAGUCAAUUUGAGAGAAAGAUCUUUGUCACUGCAAAUGCCACCAGUGGAAAUCAGGAGCAUGCACCUACAAGUGAACUCUACAAAAAGAAAUUAAUUGAUGUAAAAUACAGCAUUUUUAUGACAAUUAAAGGCUCACCCAGCUAUAGCAAUUUCACAUUUGGGAAGAAUGAUUUGCAGAAACCAGUUCAACAAUCAAUCACGGUUACAAAUGAUAUCAGAGCACUUAAUUUCACUGUGGUGAUUAGGAUUCCAGUAAAGCUUGGGGGGAAAGACAUUUGGGUGCAUCUGAACAACCUACAGAUUGCAGACUGUAAGAGAGGAAAUGAUGAAGAACCACGUGUCAAAGACUUUGUUCCUCACAUCAAAAAAAAUAAAGUAGUGGACUGCUCUGUGGCCAUGUGUAGAGUGUUCAAGUGCAACACAUUCCUGGAAAGGCAGCAGAAGAGGACGUAUGAAAUCUCUGGACACAUCAGUUCACGAUGGAUAGAGCAGAUUGGACUUCAAUCUGCUAAAUUCCUCUUGACCAGCACAGUCAGUCUGGAGUAUGACAAGUACGUCUACUUUUCAACAGGGUCUGACAACAAUUCUCCUGUUCACAAGAUUGAGGCAGAGGUAGAAGUAUAUGCUGAGCCAGAUUUUACCAAAGACAUCAUUGGAGGAUCCCUGGGAGGGUUGGCGCUUCUGAUUUUACUCACAGCGGGUCUGUAUAAGGCUGGAUUUUUCAAAAGUAAAUACCAAAAGUUAAUGACUGAAGAUCCGGACGAUGGACCAGGUGGAGAAGCACCCAGAGAAUUAUAACAAAGGUUCAUAUUUGUAUAUCUUUAUCAAAUCUGCAAAGAAGGUACAGACUCUCCUGAAAUUUUCAGGAAUAAACAUGGUGUAACACAUUUGAUUCAUUAAACAAAAAACAGCUUUUGCUGUGUCUGAAAUUCCCUCCCUUGCUCGCGCAUUUACCUACAACAGAAGUUCCUACCUGGUGGGCAGGACCCUCACAAUGGGGUCAUGAAAAGAACUGAAGAGAUCUAAAAAGUACAUCUGAAAUAGUUUAUUCUCCUUUUCUGGACACAAAAACUAAAUCAAAUUGUUCAAAUGAAAGUUUCUUCAAAGGAAACUGCUUACAUUUAACACCUGAAGCACCUGAAGACCAGCUGAAGACAAGGCAUCACAGGCAGACAUUGUUUUUAAGGGCCACAAUACAAAGAUUAGGAAUCACUAUGCUGUAUAGCAGACACUUAUAGUAGUACGUGUCUGCUAUAUAGUCAGUUGCUUUCAAGUUAAAUUUAAUGGACAGAAUAGAAAAAGAAAGCUGAAAGCUCGGAUACUCAAAUAAAAUGAUUGAAGUUGAAUAUAGUGAACUACCUGAGUAUGAAUCUGAAACAGUCCUGUGAUGAAUUAUGGUAGGAAAUUUAAAGCAUCUUUUUAGAGUGACUGUACUAUUUUUUUAAAGCAUAUUAAUGAUUGUCCUCCGUGAAAAUUCUCUGUAUUUAUAAUUGUACAAACUAUAUGUUUGUAGAAUUUAUUGUACAGUAAAAAACCUCAUGUCACCCUGUACCUUUAUAAUGAAUGAAAUUUAAUGUAUUUUAUAUGCUUAAAAGGACUUAACUAAAAUAGCUGCAGAUGUGCAAAAUGCCAAUAACAAUGUGAAUGCCGUUGUUCAAGAAUAAAUUGUAAAAUGUAUAAUACUUAUAAAAAAUAAAGUUUUUGCUUCAUCAUUA